CGCCGCGCUGGAUCUUCCGACACUGGGUGCCCGGGAUGAGCUUCAUCCGGAAAAAGGGCUUCUACAAGCAGGACGUCAACAAGACCGCCUGGGAGCUGCCCAAGACCUACGUGUCCCCCACGCACAUAGGCAGCGGGGCCUAUGGAGCCGUAUGCUCUGCCAUCGACAAACGGUCAGGGGAGAAGGUAGCCAUCAAGAAGCUGAGCCGGCCCUUCCAGUCUGAGAUCUUUGCCAAGCGGGCUUAUCGGGAGUUGCUGCUGCUGAAACACAUGCAGCAUGAGAACGUCAUUGGGCUCCUUGAUGUCUUCACUCCAGCCUCCUCCCUGAGUAACUUCCAUGACUUCUACCUGGUGAUGCCCUUCAUGCAGACAGAUCUACAGAAGAUCAUGGGCAUGGAGUUCAGUGAGGAGAAGGUUCAGUACCUGGUAUAUCAGAUGCUCAAGGGUCUGAAGUACAUCCACUCAGCUGGUGUCGUCCACAGGGACCUGAAGCCAGGCAACCUAGCUGUGAAUGAAGACUGUGAACUAAAGAUCCUGGAUUUUGGCCUGGCAAGGCCUGCAGACGCCGAGAUGACUGGCUACGUGGUAACCCGCUGGUACCGGGCCCCUGAGGUGAUCCUCAGCUGGAUGCACUACAACCAAACUGUGGACAUCUGGUCUGUUGGCUGUAUCAUGGCAGAGAUGCUGACCGGGAAGACUCUAUUCAAGGGAAAAGACUACCUGGACCAGCUGACCCAGAUCCUGAAAGUGACCGGCGUGCCAGGGGCAGAGUUUGUGCAGAAGCUGAAGGACAAAGCGGCCAAAUCCUACAUACAGUCCCUACCACAGAGUCCCAAGAAGGAUUUUUCUCAGCUCUUCCCACGUGCCAGCCCGCAGGCCACAGACCUGCUGGAGAAGAUGCUGGAGCUGGACGUAGACAAGCGCCUGACAGCCUCGCAGGCCCUUGCCCACCCCUUCUUUGAACCCUUCCGGGACCCUGAGGAGGAAACAGAGGCCCAACAGCCAUUUGAUGACUCCUUAGAGCACGAGAAACUCACAGUGGACGAAUGGAAGCAGCACAUCUACAGGGAGAUUGUGAACUUCAGCCCCAUUGCCCGCAAGGACUCCCGGCGGCGGAGCGGCUUGAAGCUGCAGUGACUCCAUGCGCCCAGGGACCUGCCACUGCUGCCUCUAGGACCAGUAUUUAUUGUUACUCCUGAA